AUGUAUGUGUGUGUGUGUGUGUAUAUAUAUAUAUAUAUAUAAGUCUCAAAGAUGCCAAUCAAACCGAAAUCUCCUUCUAAGUUGGAAAAAGCCAUGGCAACAAAACUCAUGCAUGCGGUUCAGUAUGACAGUUAUGGUGGAGGGCCUGCAGGUUUAAAGCAUGCUGAAGUUCCAAUCCCGGCUCCCAAAAAAGGUGAAUUGUUGGUAAAAUUGGAAGCAGUUAGUAUAAAUCCAUAUGAUUGGAAAAUUCAGAACGGGGUGCGGCCUUUUUAUCCUCACAAGUUCCCCCAUACCCCUGGUACUGAUGUAGCCGGUGAAGUCAUCGAGGUUGGACAAGGAGUUAAUAGUUUCAAAGCAGGUGACAAAAUUGUAACACUACACAGCCAUGCUACUGGAGGUGGACUAGCUGAAUUUUCUGUAGCUAAAGAGAGCAUGACAGUCACUAGGCCACCAGAAGUUUCAGCAGCUGAAGCUGCAGGCUUACCAGUUGCCGGUGGCACUGCUCUCCAGGCCCUCAUCGUCGCGGGAGUGAAGCUCGAUGGAACAGGAAAGCAGAAAAAUAUUCUGAUAAUCGCAGCCUCAGGUGGUGUAGGACAUUAUGCAGUUCAACUAGCAAGGCUUGGAAAUGCACAUGUUACAGCUACUUGUGGAGCACGUAACAUUGAAUUUGUGAAGAGCUUAGGAGCUGAUGAGGUUCUGGACUACAAGACCCCAGAUGGUGAGGCCUUGAGGAGCCCAUCUGGUAGGAAAUAUGAUGCAGUGGUCAACUGUGCGACUACGUUGACCAUUCCUUGGUCCACUUACAAGCCCAAUCUGAGUGAGAAAGCGAAGGUUAUCGAUCUAAGCCCUGGAGGAAUUACUUUCUUCACUUUUGCUCUGCACAAAAUUACUUUCUCCAAGAAACAGCUUAUGCCAAUGAUAGCGAGUCCUAAGAAAGAGGAGCUGGAGUAUCUUGUUAAGUUGGUGAAGGAUGGAAAGCUCAAGACAGUGAUUGAUUCAAACCACCCUCUUAGCAAGGCUGAAGAUGGUUGGGGUAAGAGUAUCGAUGGCCAUGCCACUGGGAAAAUCAUUGUGGAGUCUUAAUUAGGCGAAUAUAUCUUGGAUUACUUAAUUAAGUUUGUGUAUUCUAUAUAUCAACUUUUUCAAUUUGGAGGAUUAAUUGUUUGUUGGUUUUGUUUAUCUGGAUUAAUGAUUAUGUAUUAAUGUGUGCUUCAGCUUGUCUUUUUGCCUUGACGAAGUAUGUAUAAGCCUCAUUAUUAAUUAGUUGGUGGUUAUUAUUAUUAUUAUUAUUAUUAUUAUUUUGGGAUAAAA